UCUUCCUUUGCUCCCAUCAGGGUGGCAGCAUAUGUGAGACUUCGGCAUCUGGACGUGCCAGAGGAGACAGCCUUGCAAAGAGCAGAGGUCACACCUAUUUCUCCCCACUUUCAGGUCAUCCUCACCACCACUGAGCCUCUCCAUCCUCUCCUGUAGCCAUGGAGAAUUCCUCCCUGCCUGAAAUCAAUUCCUCAUGUGCAGACUGCACUGGGAUGGGACAUGGGAGUCUGAAUAUGUCCACUACUCCACUAAGCCCCAGGUACUACAUCACAGUGCCUAUCAUCUACUCAGUCAUCUGUGCCGUGGGACUGACAGGCAACACUGCUGUCAUCUAUGUAAUCCUCAAAGCACCAAAGAUGAAAACAGUCACCAACAUCUUCAUCCUCAACCUGGCCAUUGCUGAUGAGCUCUUCACCUUGGUGCUGCCCAUCAACAUUGCUGACUACCUGCUGCUGCAGUGGCCCUUCGGGGAGUUAAUGUGCAAGCUCAUCAUCUCUAUAGACCAAUACAACACUUUCUCCAGCAUCUACUUCCUCACUGUCAUGAGCAUUGACCGCUACCUCGUUGUGGUGGCCACCACCGAGUCCAGGAAGGUGUCCUAUCGCACCUACCGAGCAGCCAAGAUUGUGAGCCUCUGCGUCUGGUCCUUUGUCACUGUCAUCAUCCUGCCCUUCACCGUCUUUGCUAAGAUACACAAGGAGCAGGGGCGCUCCCAGUGCGUCUUUGUGUUCCCUCACCCAGAGAGUGUGUGGUGGAAAGGCAGUAGGAUCUACAGCCUCAUUUUAGGCUUUGUCAUCCCAGUGUCCACCAUCUGCACCCUGUACACCACCAUGCUGUGCAGACUGAGACAUUUGCAGCUCCAGUGCAAUGCAAAAGCUCUGGACAAAGCCAAAAAAAAGGUGACACUGAUGGUGGUCGCUAUCCUGGGUGUGUGCCUGCUCUGCUGGACACCCUUUCACCUUAGCACAGUGGUGGCCCUCAUCACGGACAUCCCACAAACUCCACUUGUCAUCGGCAUUUCCUAUUUCAUCACCAGCCUAAGCUAUGCUAACAGCUGCUUCAACCCUUUCCUGUACGCCUUUCUGGAUGACAGCUUCCGGAGGAGCUUUCGCAAACUGAUAGAUCGGAGAACCACCUCAUAAAGCCAACUCAACCCUCUGUCCUGUCCUGUGUCCCUCUCACAGUCACCUGCUUUUCCUGGGAGACCCCAGCCCAGGCAGUGCUUUCUCUCCAGUCUCCCACAGGGCUUCAGGUUGUCUCACUACUCAAUGCAUGAACUGGGGCCAGGUGGAUCUUUCUCAGCUGUCCUGCAUUCCUGUCCUUAACACUGCUUUCCUUGCCCUGGGUUUUUUUGUUAGUUUAUUUGUUGUUGGUUGUUGCCUGUAUUUUUUAAAAUUCCUUCUCUCUAAUGCUCUUUCUGACCUGGAUUUAAUGCUCACAGAGCUGCCACAGGUCCCUUUUCCCUUUUAAAGACAUUGCUUUGUGAACUCAAGCUGCACAACUGUCUCAAUCAUCAGUGAUUUGUAAAGCUCAAUAAAAGUGUGUCACCAAGUCUUGCUUAAUAAUACCUCAGCCACUUUCCUACCUACAGGACCUGCUUAUCAAAGACUUGCAAACUUAACAACAACUCCAAAGGAUAAGGAAUAAACAAAGAUAUUGAGCUCAUUUCAUUUUACAGGAGAGUAAGAAAAGGUAGUAAAAAUCCAUUAUAAAACGUAAGAGAGAUAUCAGUCUGAACUUAAAGAAGAAAGGGCAAGCCCUCCCUAGUGAAUAAAAGACAGAUAUGAGUUUGGAGCCACUUGUUGCAGAAAAUAGCUAAACAGUGCACUUGGUCAUUGUAAUUUGCAAAAAAAAUGCAGCUUUUGUUUAUAUCAGAAGUGGUGAUUAUUACUUGUCAUGUGUUUAUGGGCUGCUGCACUUACAGAUAUUUAGUUUGUGGUCCAUUAUAUCAGAGGGUAUUCUCACAACCAGUUACCUUUUAAAGGUUUGAAAAGAUCCUUCUGAAACAUGGGGAAUAUCCUGACUUCUUCCCUUCACAAAUAACUUGCAUUGGUUAGGCUGCUUUUAAACUAUCUCUCACAUACUUACACUUUUUGGUAAGAUUUAUUAAUAUUUCUCUUAAGAAGGAGAAGUGAAUUUGUAUUUUUUUUUUUUUUUUUAAAUACCCAAAAGAUAGGUUAAUUUUGCCUGAAGGAGGAGAGGGUAAAGGAAAGUUUCACGAGAAUUCACAUAUCCAAACACUGCAUUAAGAGGUUUUUUCCUCCUGUCUCAUCUCUUUUAGCCCUCUAAGGAAAACUAUAAAAAUGUUGAGAAAAUAUUUGCGAUCACUUGAUAUUUCUCAUCUUAGUGGUUUUCACUGCACUACCCUGCAGCAGAUGCUUAAUCAGUGCAACAUAGUUUUUGUUAAAUAUUUUCCCCUCCCUGAAUACAGAGAGAUAGGCAGAUGCAGUUAAGGACUUGCAUUUCCACUUACACAGGAGGUUAUGAUGGCUUUCAGGAGGUGCAUAAGGAUUUGUACAGCACAUGCAGGCUGCUCCUGGGAGAUCUUGCACCAGAUCCUUUCCCACUGCUGCAGUUUAAAGUUCUGCCACAGGCAUAUGGAAAGUUUAUUUUGCUAAAUCCUCACACAGAAACUUCAAAUAAAAAUUUUACUCACAGAUUUUAUCAAUUAUGCAUGCCUGAUACUUCAUAAUAACAUAUAACUGGGUUGACAAUUAAAUAAUUUCUUCUUGUAAGACAUUAAUAUUCCCUGAGACAGUCAGUGCUAAGUUCAACACCCAGUCUAGCUGUUAUGGAAAUGGAAGGACUCCCUUGGGGAAUGACAGUGUUGUUCUGUGUCACUGAGGGGUGCAUGAUCUGACUUCCAUCAGACACAGAAGCUGGCAUUUGAAAGAGCAAGCUCAAAAGGAGUGGAGUACCCAUUUCCAAACUGCAUAGAAAAAUAUGUGCCUCAAGAACCAGUGUCUCACACUUUAUCUUUCUGCCUGAAAUGAAAGGUAAUUAGCUUUUCCCACCAGCUGCCUGGUGAUCAGUCACUUGCCAUGGAGAGAGAUUUUAGUCUAUACAGACCAAGCAGUAAAAUUACUCUUUCUUUAGGCUGCUGCCACACACACACACACACACCCUCUCUUGCAUUCUUUAAUACUCAUCUUCACAACAAAAUAAUUUCCUUAAAGACUACAUACAGCUUAAAAAGUAAAUUGUUCUAUUCUCAGAAAAUACAUGUACAGCACCAUUGUGUCCUUAUUGGUUGUGAUCCUUCCCUGAAAACUGAUGAGUGGCAGUGAAUUAAAUUCCCUGUCAAACAGCCACCUUAGUGGCACAGAUUUGGACAUUGUUUGUAAUAAUGACCACCUAAGUGUUUUGGUCAUGCUGCUAUGCAGCUACAUUUGUCUCAUCACCUGUCAGGGCUUCUUUUUGCCCCACAAAUAUCAUUAAAACUUUGGUAGCUUGUUGUGUUUCUGAAAAACCUACUCUGUACCUAUACAUCAAAUGCAUUUCUAAGGUACUGACUGGUGGUAACAGUAAGUUAUAAGAACAGUCUUAUUUGUAUUCCAUUUCUAUCUGUAUUUGAAUACCAAAAUUUUAAUUGUUUGCUCCUGAACAAUCUAAUCUGGUUCAAGUUCUUAAAUAAAUAAACAACUUUU